AUGCGAUUGCGAAGCGCAGACCAAAUGGGCAGCUGGCCGCUCGCUCCGGCGACCCGCCGCCUCCGGAGACCACACCUCGCCACCUUCUUCUCCACAGCGCCCUCCUCCCUCGGCUGUCCGCUCCACGCCGAGCUCGCGCGGCGCGGCGUCCCGGCGGCCGCCUCCCUCGCCCUCUACUCCCGCAUCCGCGAAGCCACCACGCCCACCCCAUUCACCUUCUCCCUCCUCCUCGCCGCCCUCGCCUCGUCCCCUUCCCCCAGCUGCACCGGCCUCGCCGCGCCCGUCGCGCACGCGCAGGCGCUCAAGUGCGGCGCGCUCGCGCACCCGGUCGUCACCAACUCCCUCCUCAAGCUCUACUGCGCGCUCGGCCACCUCCCCUACGCGCGCAGGGUGUUCGACUCGGGCGCCGCCCUGGACGUCGCCUCGUGGAACACGAUGGUCUCCGGGUACGGCAAGAGCGGCGACCUGCCCGCGGCGCGGGAGGUGUUCGGCAGAAUGCCGGAGCGGAACCUGGUGUCCUGGAGCGCGAUGAUCGACGCGCUUGUGCGUGCCGGGGUGUUCGGCGAGGCGCUGCGGGUGUUUGAUCGGAUGAUGUUCGAGGGUUUCAAGCCCGAUGUAGUGGUGCUGGUCAGCGCGCUCAAGGCGUGCGCGCAUCUUGGUGCGGUCGAGAGGGGUCGGUGGAUUCACCGGUAUCUUGAAACGGAGGGGGUUGCGGGGAGGGAAAGGAACGUUAAGGUCGAGACGGCGCUGGUGGACAUGUACUGCAAGUGUGGGUCCAUGGAGGAGGCUUGGUCUGUUUUUGACGGCGUUCACUGCCGCGAUCUUGUGCUCUGGAAUUCAAUGAUUGGAGGGCUUGCGGUAAAUGGCCACGGUGAGCGUGCACUUGAGUUGUUUCGAGUGAUGUCCGAGAAGGGUUUCAGGCCAAAUCAGUCGACGUUCGUUGCUGCAUUGUGCGCGUGCACCCACACAGGUCGUGUGGACGAAGGGAGGAGUAUUUUCAAGUCGAUGCGGUGCCACGGGAUCGAGCCACAGAGGGAGCACUAUGGGUGCCUAGCUGAUCUUCUUGGGCGUGCAGGUCAUGUCGAGGAGGCUGAGACUGUGUUGCUGGAUAUGCCAAUGGAGCCACAUGCGUCGCAAUGGGGUGCGCUGAUGUCUUCAUGCCGGAUGCACAAUGAUAUUAGUGUCGGCGAACGUGUUGGGAAGCGGCUCAUUGAGCUAGAGCCACACCAUGGUGGACGUUAUGCCGUUCUGUUCAACCUGUAUGUAGCCAAUGGUCGAUGGGAAGAUGCAAAAGCCAUUCGGCAGAUGAUGGUGGAGAAGGGAGCAAAGAAAGACACGGGUUUGAGCUUCAUGGAGUGAAAUGGUUUGAUUCCUUCAGCUACAAUUCGGACAAGGCACAUCUAAGACAAUUAGUUUUUCUCUGGAAAGCUGGUGAGAAGAUCCCAUCACAAUUUCUUCUGCACAAGCUUCAGUGUCAAGUGGCUGAAUUGGAUUGUUGCUUUGCUGGGCAACUAGCUCCACUAAGAUAAUUGUCAAUGAAGACCGCUCUGACCCUGUCCUGCAGAGGAGAAACCUGAGACACUGCCUUGGAAGACUGCUGGACAUGGCUCAAGAGGACAUGAUUCUUUCACAGACUGGCCCACAAAUCCUCAGGUUCAGAGCUUCCUUUUGCACCGAUGAUGUUAUCAUUUUCCUACGGCCACACUGGCAAGACCUGCGGGUCACUGUUGCUAUCCUAGACCUCUUAGGUGCUGCUACAGGCCUCGUCACAAACAUGGCUAAGAGGGACAAUAUUUUCCCCAUAGCCUGCCAGGACGUGGAUCUUACCUUGGCCGCCACUGUUUCUGAUUGUGCUGCAGCUGAUGCAAGAGCCAUUCAGCAGAUGAUGGUGGAGAAGGGAGCCAAGAAAGACGCGGGUUUGAGCUUCAUUGAGUGAAAUGGUUUGAUUCCUUCAGUUACACUCCGGACAAGGCACAUCUAAGAAAAUUAAUUAUUCUCUGGAAAGUUGGUGACAGGAUACCAUCACACCUUCUGCACAAGUGUUUCUUCUUCUGCUCUACUUCUGUCCUUGAUGCCUCCAUGAUAUCGUUAGCUCUUGGAAUCUUUGUGGUAUCACGAUGUUCUCCAUUUCAGCCAAUUCCAUGCACUAGCCCCGCUGAAGUA